GCAUUCACUCACGAUAAGAGGUUGUGGGAAAACGCCUGACAAUAUACGUAGAUGACUCGAUAACGAAAACGAUAAAGAAAAAACCGUGGUAAAUUGGACUUCGUCACGGGUACUGCAGAGAUAUUCGCGCGCCGUUGACAAAGUGUUCGAACAGUGCUGCCAAGCUGAGUUGGUCUGUGGAACAGCUGCCGUGGCUAGCGUAGUCUGAUUUCGUGUGUACCGCUAGAUUGAUCCUGUGGUGUCGUCUAGAUUUCUAAAUUGUAGAUUUGAUCGCCCGUAUUGUGACAGACAAUAGACUGAAUAUAGUGCGUGUCAAUUCAAGAAUAAGCUCAAAUGGCAAACUACACAGCGGGAUUUGGUUUUUACAACGGGAAUAGCCCGCCACCAGCACCCUUGCCACAGACGCCGUUCACUGCUGUGGCGGCAACUAGCCCCUGUCGCGAAACAGCGGCCUCGCCGUUAAGUGCACCUUCGUACUGUACCACCAACCCAGGAGUUCCCGCUGUUCCAGUCCCUACAUAUGAACCGGCUUCUGCAUAUGUCGCGCACGGUGUCGCAAGCCCAGCCACUCUAUAUCCGUCAGCCAUUGCAAGCACGACCAGUUCAUACAUCAAGGACAGCGAUCCAUGGCGGGGCCUUUCGCCUGCACAGCCCUACUACGACGCUACCUUUACAUACGGGUACUCCCCUGCGGGGGCAGGAUUUGAACUUCAAGCGACCCGACGCAAAAACGUAACCCGUGAUUCAACGUCAACUUUGAAGGCGUGGCUCAACGAACAUAAAAAGAAUCCUUAUCCUUCGAAAGGAGAAAAGAUCAUGCUAGCUAUUAUCACGAAGAUGACCCUUACGCAGGUGUCGACCUGGUUUGCUAACGCACGUCGACGGCUUAAAAAAGAGAACAAGAUGACCUGGGAGCCAAGAAAUAAAUGCGACUUUGACGGGGAGCUUAGUGAAGACCCGCAGCAGCCUGAAGGAUUUCAGCAUCAUGCAACUGUGGUAGAAAGUCCUGUCGUUGUUCCCCAGUCAACUGCUACUGCAGCAUCGUGCCUCUCGCCACCGCAUUUUUCCGUCGGUGGGGAUGAUCCUCCGUCGUAUUUAACGAGUGGGCCGCCAUGCCUCCCGGGUCCGCACCUUCCGGUACAUCUGCCGCCGCAUCCUGGAAGCGGGCCCGAAGGCCCAAUCGACUGUCCUGACGCCAAUCCUUCGCAUAGCGAUAACUCUUCGUUAUCGCAAUCUUCACAUUCGCCAAAACCGCGAGCCGGCAAAAUCUGGUCUCUGGCCGACACUGCCACAAAACGGCACGAACAACAACACCUUCAUCAGCAACAACAAUUUCACCAGCAACAGCAACUUGGAAGUGGAAGUUGGUCUGCGAUCACCGCGCACGUCGACGAUCAUCCGGGAGCGACCAGUGGCCAUAUGCAGCAACAUCCAGAUCAUCAUUUGGUAGCAGCAGGGGGAGGUCCGUUGACUUCGGCAGGAGGGUCGAUGUCGGAACAACGCAGUGGGGAGACUGGCGAAACUGUGCAAUAAGCUCGAGGAUUGAUUUAAUGAAUAUCGGCAACAACUUAACGCUAAAGGAUUGUGCUAAGUCACCUGUUUUUGACAGCGUUUCGGACUAUCUCUCUAAUUUCACCACUACGUCUGAUAAAUACAAUGCGUGGGAAAUAUCGCUGCCGUUAUCGCUAUGUCGUAACAUGUAAAUAAGCCGUUUCAGGUCGUGCAAAGUUCAAAGCCCGUUUAUCUAGGCCACACUGAUUCUGUUAUAUUUUAUUGAAAUGUCAAAAACCUCUAUCAUAAUAUUAUUCUAUCAGUUACUAGCUGAUUCUAGAGCAAUAACGUUAAAUUUGUAUUCGACAUGUAAAUUUCGCUAAGCGUCGGUUUUCUUGUGAGCAUCCACUUUGAUAAAGACUAGGAAAGGCACGUAAAAAAUUCUGUUACUUUUUGUAGUUGUACCGCUAAUUAUCGUUUUGUAUAUUACGGAUAUAUGUGCAUAUGUCAUAGGUUCGAACUUAUGUAUAUAGCAUAACGUAUGUACAAAUUUAACA